AUGACAAAGUCGAAAUCACCAAGACGCGGCGCGUCCCCUCCAGCCCCCUCAACCCGCUCAACAACAACCUCAACCAUCAACACAAGCAUCGGAGCCGCCGCCGCCGCUCUUCACGCCGCAACUAAUGGAAGCAACCCCAGUUCGCCAAGUAGUCCGCCUCCAUCUCCCAAACACCUCAAGCAUCACCAUCACAACGGCAAUGGCGCCGGACCUACCGCCGCUUCCAAGGAGGUAAACAACCACAACCACAACCACAACCACAACCACAGCAAUACCCGGCUAGGACAGCAGCAGCAAAAACACAAGCUCACUGCGAUUAUAACAGACAAGACUACAACCGACGACGGUGGAGCUGCUUUGGCUGGUCAGGAUCGGAAUCCAUCCUCGUCCACUUCUCCAUUAUCUUCCUUUUUCUCAACUUUUUCCACGGGGUUUUCUUCUACUACUACUUUGUGUGCUACAACUGGGUCUUUGGGUUUCACUGCUGCCACUGCUGCCACUGCUGCGUCAGGAGGCGACGAAAGUCAAUCGUCUACGUCGCUGCCGAGUCCGUCUGCUCUCGGAUUCGGAUACUUGAGCGCCAAUCUGUUCGACAAUCUGCAUCAUGACCUUGUACCGACAACAGCUGGAGGACGCGACCAAAAAUUAUCCGGACAAGAGAACGACAGAUUUGAUAGCAGCAGCAGCAGCAGCAGCGAGGACGACAGCGACACGGACGAAGACAGCGAAAGUGAUAGCAGUGUCAGCAACUACCCCAGCGAGGACGAGGACUCGGAGGAAGAGACAGACCUGGAUUAUGACGAGACCUCGGAAGAAGACGAGGAGGACAGUAACAAGAGCAAUCGCGCAACCGCUACUGCCACCGGCAACUCAAUCAAUAACAACAUAAAGGCGGUCCGGAAAAGGCAACAACCUUCGACCCUGUUAAAGCGAACGCUAAAUAAGCGACACGUUCAACGGAUCCAGGAGGAGCAGAAACGGACCUCUCCACCAUCGUCACCUGUCGCUGUCGCCAGUCCUCUCUUGAACAGCAACAACAAUAUCGACUCUUCACACCCACUUGUUCAUCACCAUCACCACCAUCACACUUCAUCUGAGACGGCUACUUCUGGAAAGGGAUCAGAAAAAGAGGUACAACCAUCAAUCCGUGAGACAGCUGUCGUGUUGUUGGCCGACCAGUCUGCCAAGGCAAAGUGGGCCAACUGGUCGACUCGUACACUGUGGACGCUGAUCAUGAUUGGAGGCUUCUUUGCCUGUUUUGCCGCAGGACCAUUGUUUGUCAUUCUGUUGGUCGUCAUGGUUCAGGGUCUCGUCUACAAGGAGGUCAUCUUCUUGGCUACCGUCCCCAGUAAGGAGAAGAAGCUGCCCUGGUUCCGAUCCAUGCACUGGUAUUUUUUGUUCAGCACAAACUACUUUUUCUAUGGCGAGAGUUUGAUCCACUACUUCCAGCACAUCGUCUUUGUUGACGCAUUCUUGCUGCCAUUCGCCACGCACCACCGCUUCAUCUCCUUCACUCUCUAUGUCAUCGGUUUCGUGUUCUUUGUGGCGAACUUGAAGAAGGGCCAUUACCGCUUCCAGUUCUCGCAGUUUGCAUGGACACAUAUGACGCUCUUGUUGGUUGUCUGCCAAUCUCACUUCAUUAUCAACAACAUCUUUGAGGGUCUUAUCUGGUUCUUCCUCCCCGCGUCGCUGGUCAUUGCUAACGAUAUCUGGGCUUACAUUUUCGGAUUCUUUAUGGGCCGGACUCCCCUGAUCAAGUUGUCGCCCAAGAAGACUGUCGAGGGAUUCGUUGGUGGCUGGGUCAUGACCAUCGUCUUUGGCAUGCUCUUUGCGACGUUUUUGUUGAAGUACCCAUAUAUGAUCUGCCCAGUGAAGGACUUGCGGGCGAGCGCUUUCAGUGGACUGACCUGCGACCCCAACCCAGUUUUCAUCCCGGUCAGAUACAACCUCAAGCCUUGGAUGGUCUCUCUCAUCGGCCAUAUCGGCUUCCGCUCCACAUAUGUCAUGAUCGCCCCCCUCCAAUGGCACGUCAUCAUCAUGGCCUGCUUCGCAUCCCUCAUCGCCCCCUUUGGAGGCUUUUUCGCGUCAGGAUUCAAGCGCGCCUUUAAGAUUAAGGAUUUCGGACAGUCGAUCCCGGGUCAUGGAGGUAUCACUGACAGGAUGGACUGCCAAUUCUUGAUGGGCCUGUUCUCGUACAUGUACUACCAGAGUUUUAUCAAGACCUCGGCGGUGACGACGGGGUUGGUUCUGUCACAUGCGAUCAAGUUGAAGGGGACCGACCAGAUGGAGUUGUUUGAUCAUUUGAAGCAGUAUUUGAUUGGGCAGGGGCUUUUGGAUGAGGAGAGUUGUGUGAUCAUGCCUCCCAAGGAAGCCUGGGUCUCGUAA